CUUCCUCGAACAACAUGUACGUGGCUCCCUCACAGCUGAGGACCGGGUGUGUUUACUGGGAUAAAUUAAGACUUAGAUAAAUGUACAGUUUGUAUAGUGACAAUAUCUGAACGUUGAAUAAAUGUCUUCACGCACGCCUUUGAAUUUUGACAAAGAGCGGUAGCUGUUCUCGUGAGAGCAGCAGCAGUGGGUUGACGGACAGCUCGUGCAGGAGCGGCUGCUGUUGAAGGCUUUCUCUGCUGAUCAUCAGCCUGUCUGUCGGUCAGAUAUGGCGGAGAGCGGGUCUUCGGUUGAAUUUUCUGGCUCUCUGGCGAGCUCGACUCUUCCGCCACCGAGGACCCGCAUCUUUAAGAUCAUCGUGAUCGGGGACUCUGGUGUCGGGAAGACCUGCCUCACCUACCGCUUCUGUGCCGGGAAGUUCCCCGAGAAGACUGAGGCCACGAUCGGGGUGGACUUCAGGGAGAGGCUGGUCGAGAUUGACGGCGAGAAAAUCAAGAUCCAGCUGUGGGACACUGCAGGUCAGGAGCGCUUCAGGAAGUCCAUGGUGCAGCACUACUACCGCAACGUUCACGCUGUUGUCUUCGUCUAUGAUGUCACCAAUGCUGCCAGCUUCCGCAGCCUCCCAGCAUGGAUUGAGGAGUGCAAGCAGCACGCACUGGGCACAGAGGUACCCAGAAUCCUGGUUGGAAACAAGUGUGACCUUCAAGACUCCGUGCAAGUGAGCACAGAUGUGGCUCAACAGUUUGCGGAUGCCCACUCUAUGCCUCUGUUUGAGACAUCUGCAAAGAACCCAAGCAGCCACGGAGAGGAAAACUCUGGUGGAGGAAACAGUGACCACGUUGAGGCUAUUUUUAUGACGGUUGCCCACAAGCUGAAGUCUCAGAAGCCUCUGGUACUGAGCCAGCCACCUGGGGGAUCAGGGGGUACCAUCAACCUAAGUGGGAGGAGGGAUGAUGGGGGAGACGGGACCAGGAGCUGGGGCUGCAGCAGCUGCUGAGGGAGAAAAACAGCAGUGAAGAGGAAGAAGACUUCAGCUCGUGGCUGCACAAGGUCCAAAAGAUUAAAGACGGGAGGAGCUGAGAAAGGAGUGAAGGUCUGGAAAGGGAGAGUGGAUCUAGCAAAAUGGCUUCACAAUCAGCACAAACACAUUAACGAAUUCUCCAUUAGAAGAGGAAACAUUUUUUUCCAAUGCCUGUGCUUAACUUUAUACAUGACUUUCAAUGGUUUUGGGGUAGUAUUUGCAGUAUGACUGUUGUUUUUGAAUGCCAAUAUCUGGCAUUGGUUCACAGAAAUGAUCCUUAACAAGGGGCCAAAUUCCAGAUUCUAAAUCACUUCUUCCUGUUCGAUAAUAAUUUAAGUCCUGAUUCUACACUUUGGAAGUUUCAGUUCACUUCUCUUCAUGGGCUCUGUGGCCACAGAAAACACAGAGACACAGUGGCAUUAAUAAAUAAGGGAUUCUGAGGAGGGAAAUGCCAUAGAAAUGUCGUUCUUUACAGCUUUAGUAUAAUGUUAUUGGACAGCAGACUCAUUUCUUCAUGCAGACUGAUGGUGGACAUAAUAACAGACUUUAUAAUAUAAAACAGUAUAUUCUGUUUUAAUUCAGCCGUGUCAUUAAAGGUGCCCUGCUGAGUUUUCAUGUUUACAUUCAGUGUUUCUCAUCAAAACACAUUAUGUGUAUUUUUGAAGCCUAACAAACUUGUUGAAUGCAUUUCCGUGUUCAAAAAAUACUUUCACAGGCAAUAUUUUAAAUCGGGGAUACUCAACUUGCUUUGUCUGGGGGACACUUUUGCGAAAUGACAGGGGGCCAGGGGCCAGUCAAUAAACAAAUAUUAAUCAUAUUCAUCAGUAUAUAAAGUCUUUCGACAAAUAUAUUCGAUAUUUGCUGUCCUCAAUGAUCUUUGCCAAGAGGCAAAUAAAGCCACAGCAGCCCUGUGCAGGUGUAUGCAGGGGCGUUUCUAAGAUUUGAGGGCAUUCAGGGCUUGGCCCGCGCCUAUCUCGGGGUCCAGGGGAUCCUCUCUUGGCAUUCCAUUUUAAUAAGCAAGCUCUAUUGCAGUGCUUUUUUAUGCACUCUGACACUUUAUUUAAAUUCAGCAUACAAACAAAUUCCCACUGUGAACCAGUUUAUUUUCAUUGUAAAAUAGAAAAUGGUCAGCUGGCCACCUGCCGCCUAUAACUCGCAGGCAGUAUGUUGAGUAUCACUGUUUUAAAAACUUUGAAACUAUCUAUCUAGCAAAUAAACUGCUAAAUUAAUUGCAAUAUCACCAACAACUUUCAAUCAUUUAUUUAAAUCAUUAACGUUGCAAAGGUGUGUUUUGCAUCAGCAGCGUGCACAUGCUACCAAAGUGCUCAUAAAAACAUAUUGGCUGCUACUAUUGUUAACAAACUCCACAGGGUACCUUUAAGUCUGUUUCUUUAAAUCCAAAGACCGAAAACCUUUAAAAGAAAUGUGGAAUUCAUUUUGUAAUAAUGUUCUGUUUGUAUCACAUGCUUGGCAAGUUCACUAAAUUUAAGAGUUGAUUAAGGAAAAGUAUUAGUGUAAGAAAUAUUAAUCUUUCAUACUGCUGAAGAACAACAUUGGGGAAAAACAUUAAGUAAUCACAUCUAGAUUUUCACACUUGCGUACUUGGAAUCAAAAGGGAAUACUCAGUCACUGUCUUUUUGAUAUUUAUUUGAAGUUAGGAUUCAAGCGAAACAAUGUUUACUAAACUAUUCAAUGUGGUUGGUCCAGUCAGGUCAGGUCCAUGUGAUUACUCUGAGAGCUGUGUGUCUGUAGUGCUAGCCCUGCUUUGCAGGCAUAUUAGCGGUUCCUCUCCAGCUCCAUAAGGUUUUGUUCACAGCUUGUUUCUGCUGCCCCCAAGUGGCCAAAAAAAGUUACCACAGGUAGAGGCACCUGUUUUUGAGGGACAGCACCUUUUGUCAAACUCAGUUUGUUAGCAUGCAGCACCUAAGCUAACACUCUGCAAACUGGCAGCAUGUGAUGUUGUCAUUUAAUGGAAAAGGUUAAUUUAUGCUCAAUGUUAUACGGUAUACAGACACGGACAGAGCCUUUUGUCCGUAGUCUUAACACUGGCAAAUACUCAGCUAUCUUUCCCUUCCAAUUAAUACAGGUGAAGGGAUGGGUAAAACAUUCGCUUCCGAUGGCAAAGCAAAUUUGCGUCCUAGCAUCACAUGGAGUUCAACUUUGGUGAACUUUGACUGGUGAAGUUGAAGCCUCAACCAUUAGCAAAGGGGUACGCAUGGAGGAGACACUGAUUGUUAUCGUAUUUAAUCAGUAGUAUGAUACUGGUCAAAAAAUAUACAAGCUGCCCCACAUGAGAGAUGGCACCUGGCUGGCAGUGAGUCAGGAAACAGGAAAAGAAGAAACUGUACCAAUAAACAAAUUUCAUAGUAUUUAUUAGCAAGCUGGCUAACAUUAGCUAAAUAGAUUUGUUCUGUCCUCUAGUGGAUGUAUCCAUGUCAACAUAAAGGAUGCAUGUCUAUUUUCAUACGUAAUGGGAGUAUAAAUGAACCUUUAAGGCGAAUUCUUUGAAUCCCAUCUGUUAAACAGGUCUGCUACACAUUAUGAACCUGUUCUUGAACUCAGUGAUGGGACGAUGUCACCGGGAGUUUAAUGAUACAGGAUGGAAAGGGAAGAUGUUAGAAAUUUAGCAAGAAUUGCCUUUGUUAGUUGUGUUUGCCUGUUCCCUCUUCUGCAUAUGAAAGACUCCAAAAUAGCCAGAUUGUUGAGCACUAGUACUGUGUAGGCUAGCCAGUGAAUCAAACAGUGAAAACACAUACCUCUCAGUGUGUAAGACUUUGUAGUGUGCACCUCUACAUGUACAUGGACGCCUAUACCCACUACUUAUCCUGUAUGUAAGCUUGUGAUACAAUAUUCAGCAUGUUGCAAACACCACUGUAUGAUAAAAGAACACACUGUUUGAUAAGCCAUGAUACCAUGAUAGUUUGAAGCUUUGUGUCUUAGUGGUUUUGGAUGUUUGUUGUGGCCGCAGCUGGUCCUGUGGCUCCUCUGCUGAUCACGCUGUGCAUUGAUGUUUAUCUGUCAAACCAAACGGCCUUUUCUCAGGACUCACUGUUCAGAGGCUAUGCACGCAGAUGGGAAGGAAAACAGACACAGGCUGUGCUAGCUGCAUCUCUGUGGCUCAUCACUGAUGUGACAAUAGUGGAAGACAUCAUGUGGGUGUUUUAUUGUUUCAGAUUUGGUUGCUGCUUUCUUCUGUUCUUCAAGUGUCCUUUGUUUUUGAUAAAUCCUCCCCCCAUCCACCUUCACAUCAGGCCCUAAUAUAACGUCCUCUGCCUUUUCUUCACUACAGCCAUGAACAACAGAUAAUGCUACUGUAUCUCUCAUUGCAAAUGCUCAGAAAGAAAAAUCUAAAUUGCAGAAUGGUAUCAAAUCACAGUGACUAAUGAAUGAAACUACUGGGGACAAGUAGUUGCAAUGGUUUUGUCAUGU